GCAGAUGUGUCUCAUUCACCGUAGAUGCCAGAUUUUGACGGUCUAAUUUAUUUAGCGGAGCGGUGUUAUAGCCGAACACAGUGUUGUCUACAUUAUCACAAUCCUUUCUGUUCGUAACAAAGUCUCGUUUCGCUGGACAUAUUUGCAGACGACAGUGAACGCUCGAGUUAUGUACGUUGCAGUGUCGGGGUGAUAUGUGCGAUGUUUACUUGGUGUGUACAUAACAAUCCCUAGUCGGCCACGUGAGAGACCACUGAUCACAACAGUUAUAUAUCGGCCUCGUGGACCGUGUACGGUCUCCUCGAGUUGUAAAGCAUUACGAGGGAUUUCUCGUCUCUGUGAAAUUUACAAAUAAACUCGGACUUAAACUGUGGACAUUAGCCAUACGGAUUUAGCACGCAUUUAGAUGUCUAAUGCUAAAUCACCACACAUCGUGACCAAAAUGACGAACGGGUCGGAGGAAUGCUCUGCCGUUGUGAAUGGAGUUACAAUGCAGCAAACCGGAAAUGACCAAACCGGAAAUGGUUCCAUGUUUGGCAAUAAUGUAAAGGCAUGCGCAGGAUGUGGUGGGCGGAUACUUGACCGUUUCCUGCUGCACGCGAUGGACAGAUACUGGCAUACGGGCUGUCUAAAAUGUUCGUGCUGCCAGACCAAGCUAGAACAUCUGGGCUCGUGUUUCUCCCGGUCGGGAAUGAUCCUGUGCAAGAACGAUUAUAUUCGGUUAUUUGGGUCCAGUGGGUCGUGUUCGGCAUGUGGUCAGAGCAUUCCUGCUAGUGAGUUUGUUAUGAAGGCCCAAGGAAACGUAUACCAUGUCAAGUGCUUCAAAUGUGUUACCUGUCACAAUCAGCUUUCCACCGGCGACCGGUUCAGUAUUUUCAAUGGCGGACUAUUGUGUGAACAGGACUAUCCCAAAGUUAUGAAAGGUCACGUGAUGGGAUCCACUAGGGGGAGCCACAAGGUAUGUUGAAUUUGUGAGAGGAAGGUGAUGACGUCACGACGAGGACAUGUUCAACUUAAUUCGCUCAACUCCAUGAAGGAACUUUGGGAUCUGUACGCUGUUAAGAGACUACGUACUGAACUGUUACCGAGUUUCUGUAUCCUUUACGUGGUCAUGGUGUUAGGUCACGCGGAUCUGAAAUGCUAACAGUUGUUUUAUCAACCGGAAAUGCUUCUGACGCAUGUCAAAAGACUACAGAGAUAUCCGGUAUGGGACCAAUGGACAUCAGUAAGUGAUGACGACUGUCUGAUCUGACGUCAACUCGCAUGUACUGGCGGCGUUACAGUCGUGAUUCAGUUUAGCUUUCUGUAAUACUGUUUCUAUGGCAUUUCGUUUCUACAAUGUAAUGUUGUAUCGGGAGGACGAUAUUCCGAAACUUGUGAAGUUAAAACGAGGCUUGCUGAAAUCACGCGAGACACUUUGUGACAAACCACGUGUUGAUUGUGUGUACAGGACUAACUAUACAGUUUCCUACGUACUAAUGUAGUGUCAUCCGUGGUACCGACGUAUACUGGUACUGUCGAAAUUAAUGUGCAAUCAAAUUCAGACUUUUAUCCUGAAAGGUAAUCCGUGCAAUGAAAUACAUGUAACAUUAAUCAUCCGUGAACAUGUUAGUGAUAUUUACACAGUUCUGUAGAGUGAUACAUGUGUCUGUUUACAGAAAUUUAUUCCUGGGAAUGUGACAAUGCAAAAACUAUGUAUACCCGCUAAAACAAACUGAACAUCAAGCUAUACUUCAUACUAACCUGGCUUAUUGCAAUAAUGUUCUGGCCUUUUUAAAGUGAAAUGUUUUGAGUUUUAACUUAAAUUCCAACAGGGAAUCUGAUGAGUAAAUUGUGAUUGUCACAAUGAUAUCAGCAGAGUCCUUUAUGCUGUAGAUAAUGUGAAACGUAUCCAUAGGACCUGUCACAGGGACAUGGCACACAAUGUAUGUCUCACAUACAUGUAAUACGUAUCACAUAGAUAUAGGUAUGGAUUAUGGGUGGGACUUUUUGUGCAAAGUCCCUGUGUGAUGCAUACACAAUGCGGGUGACCAGUUUUCCAAUGCCUAUCCAUUAUAACCGUGGGCUAUCUAGUUGUGGAAUAGGAUAAUUAACAGGGAAAUAUAUAACAUACAUAUUUCCAUAGAAAGUGGAAAUACGCUUUUGUUGUGUGUGAUUAUAUUUAUGUUACCCGGUACUGUACAAUUUCUACAUAUUUUGUUAAUACUCAUUUUUUGUUUUAUUUGACGUCACAGUAAAGGGGACGUUAGGAUGCCACAGAAAUCCACACUCAUUUAAAAAUUAUCCAAGCCUUUCAGGAAUUAGUGGUGAAAGCUGUUUCUAUCUGUGAAAAUUUGCAGUCUCUGUACUCGAAGGUUGAUUGCACAUUCGAGGAAAGAUAUCGCACGUAUAUAUAAUAAAAUAUUUUAAAAAUAAAUAAAAACCUUUAAACAAGUCUAUUAAACAAUAGAAUACCCUAGGCUAUGGGGUAUGAUACUUCUUAUCAAUUUGACAAAAUAGUUAAAUUUUAAACAUGAACAAUUUGAGUAUCCGCAAACAGAAAAACAAUGUUAUACAAUCAUAUCUACUGUGCUGGGUAGUGCCUUCCGUAGACAUCAGCUGAUAUAACGAGUGUUACGCACGCUUGUAAUUUUCACCAAUUUACGUAAUGGACGUGCGGCUACAAGUAGUUUUAUACAAUAUAAUGGGGAAUUACGCAGACAAGUUGAUAUCAGUUUGUUACAAAUGUACUCAGACGUACACGUGAAGUAUGCGUGUGUACAAAUGUGUGUGGUCGCGCCACGUGUUAUAAUUACACGAUUUAUAAUUAUGUACAUUUGUAUAGGAGACAUUGUGAUGUGAAUUAUGUUACGUAAGAAAAAUGUGCUGUGAAUUUUUCUUGAAAUCCAUACAGAAAUAAACCUGUUACGAAGAAAACUA